AAGUCACUUCGGACCAGCUCACGCAGUUCCUAAGAAAGAACUAGCUACUUCGGUCACGAAAAAUAGCACUUGCAAGAUGGUGUACAAAUAUCUACUUCUUCUGACGGCGCUAGUCGCAGCCUGCACUGCAAUAACUGUGCCGGUACAAUCCCAAACAUCAAAAGCUAUGGUGAAAAAUUUUAUCACAGUUCAACCAGAAAUUCUCCAAAAGUCAAGACAUGCUCGAGAUGUGCACCCUGAACGCCUUGAUGUAAAGAUCACACAAGAUUCAGGAACUUUCACUCUCAGAUUGACUCUCAACAGUAAGCUGAUUGCACCUCAGUUUGCCUCAAUUUACUUCGCCGAAGAUGGAAAAGAAAUCAAAAUCACCGAUCAACCAAACUGUUUCUACCACGGGGAAGUUUUGGAGCAUCCUGAGUGGCAAGUUGCAAUGGACUCCUGCCAAGGACUAAGGGGUUCAUUUGGUGACUGGAGCAACAAAACUCAACGAUACAACAUUGAACCCCUGAAUCAAAAUGAUACUUCGUUGGAACAGCCCCAUGCUCUCUAUCAAGCAGAUGAUUCUGAAGAUGAAGGAGAAUGUGGAACCACUCACGAGCAUGAUAUUGUGUCACCAAACCCCUUGAAUCUCAGCGAAGAGGAACUGGACAGGGCUCGCAGACAGACCUCCAGUGGCACUCGCAUUAUUGAACUCACCAUGAUAAGUGACAGGAGUCAGUAUUCCUACUACCGAAACAACAUGGAUAACACCGUCAGCCGGGCCCUAGCUCUGGCCAACGCAGCUGAUCGGAUUUAUCGGAAUAUAAACAUCCGCAUUGUUGUGGUCUACUCCAUCGUCUGGACCACUGGGGACCGCAGCCAAUUCAGCACCAGCCCCGAUGCCACUCUUCAGAAUUUCAGAACUCACACCAUCUCGAUACGCUCACAAUAUCCCUCUGAUGCAUUCAUGCUCAUAACGGGUAACGACUUCAGUGGAAAUACAGUGGGAAUUGCAUACCUCAACACAAUGUGUGGCUCGGCCUCGGUGGGUGUUGUCCAAGACAGACACGUCUCUGCUGACGCGACUGGCAGCACCUUAGCUCACGAGAUUGGUCACCUCCUCAGCAUGAACCAUGAUACCUCCGCCUGCAGUUGCAACGACCCAUCCAGACGAUGUGUGAUGGCCGCAGUAUCCAGUAUCCCACCACCACAAAGUUGGAGCUCCUGCAGUUCUACACAACUCAAUACGUUCUUGUCGAGUCGUGGCAGCUGCCUCUACAAUGAGCCAACUCACACAGUCGCUACCCCCACUUGUGGUAAUGGUAUAAGAGAAGGAGACGAAGUCUGUGACUGUGGAAGUCAAGAGGAGUGUGAUGAUCCGUGCUGUGAUGCCAGGACAUGCAGAAUGGCCGCUGGUGCACAGUGCACAAAGGGAGAGUGCUGCACCAGCACAUGCCAGUUUAAAUCCUCCAACACAAUCUGUCGGGGUUCAACCGGCCAGUGUGACAUUGCUGAGAAGUGCACUGGCCAAUCUGCGGAUUGUCCAGCCGAUGUAUUCCUUCAGGAUGGCUCAACCUGCAACAACGGCCAGGCCUACUGCUACUCUGGGCAGUGCAAGACAUACAAUGCCCAGUGUCAAACACACUUUAGAACUAACAAGGGAGUCGAUGAGUGCUUUACGAGCUACAACACUGAGGGAAACUACUUUGGAAACUGUGGGUCUGACGGAUCAAACUUUCUUCGCUGUGCUUCAAGUGACGCGAUGUGUGGGCAGCUGUUUUGCCAGGAAGGAGACUUCCAAAACACAGUCAACUCUGUUUACAUUCUGCAAGUUGGUGUCUAUGUUCCAAGCUCUCGCAGUGUGAAGCAGUGCGUUGCCUUCACUACUCCUCCUAAUUCUGAUGUGAUUAGCCCUGGCCUAGUAGAGGACGGUGUCAAGUGUGGAAGCAGCAAAAUGUGCUAUGAGCAAAGGUGUCGUUCCAUCUCGUCACUUGGGAUCCCCCAGUGUCCAACUGGUUCCAACGGGAGAGUCUGUUCUGGGAAUGGUGUGUGCAACACCAGGGGACAGUGCUCCUGCAACAAUGGAUAUAGUGGCCAGAUAUGCAGCUCUUCAUCAGUUGCAGUCAAUGAGUGUUUGAACAGCAAUGGGGGAUGUGCUCAUACCUGCGUGGAUACUAGCACCUCCUACCGUUGUGAGUGCAGACGUGGUUACCAACUCGCCACCAAUGGAAGAUCAUGCAAUGAUAUCAAUGAGUGUUCGGGAAAUCACGGCUGUGCACACCGGUGCACCAACACCCAGGGAUCCUACAGCUGCACCUGCAACAGUGGAUAUAGACUAGGCUCCGAUGGACGGUCUUGCACCCUCAUACCCACCACUGCACCCACCACGCGACCUACCACUGCACCCACCACGCGACCUACCACUGCACCCACCACGCGACCUACCGCUGCACCAACCUGUGGAGGGAGACUCACCGCUACGAGGGGCAGUUUCCAGACACCCGGAUGGCCUAACAACUACCCACAGCGAGACUUCCAGUGCGAGUGGACCGUUGAUGUUGCUGCACCCGGAUACGCAAUUGAGUUCAGGAUUGAUACUUCUGCCUAUGGCAUCAAUGGACGCUCACCCUGCUCAACCGAUUACAUCCAGUUCUUUAAUGGGAUAAGCAACGGUGCCAGAUCUCUCCAUAAGCUCUGCAGGUUUGAUAACCCAGGGGCGAUCACUACCACUUCCAAUGAGGCCCGUGUAGUCUUUGCUGGGAGCCAGAAUAACCGGCGCCCUGUCAGUCGACUUGGUGUCCGGGUUACCUACACUCUCAUUGAUAUAGAUGAGUGUGCUACAGGAACACAUGACUGUCAGCAACAAUGCAGAAACACAGUCGGCUCAUACACUUGCUCCUGCGGCAGUGGAUACACACUGGACUCCAAUGGACGUACCUGCACGAGUAGCAUACAAAACAAUCCGUCAGACAGUACUUGCGGAGGCAGACUGACUGGCAGCAGUGGUAGCUUCGAGACUCCAGGCUACCCCAAUGGCUAUCCGCAGAGCGACUUUCAGUGUGAAUGGACCAUCGACGCAACUUCAAGCUCAAGUCGAAUUUUCUUCAGUAUCGAUUCGUCUCAAUACGGUAUCAAUGGACGUUCUCCCUGCCAGAAAGACAACCUUGAGUUCUUUGAUGGGAUGGGCCCCAAUGCCAACUCUCUGGCUAAGGUGUGUGGUCUCCUGAACUUCUACGAUCGCGGUCUUCCUACGGUUCUUACGAGCUCUUCAAGUGCUCGUGUGGUGUUUACUUCCACUGAUGCUUACCGCACAGCCAGCCGAAUAGGAAUACGAGUCAACUAUUGGGUAAUAUGAGAGUUACUAUGAGAGUCAUAGUGUAAAAGUCAUUUUUUCUAAAGCAUAGCAGCAUCUAAUUUAUAUAUACAUUAAUCAUAUUAUUGUAUGUACAUCACUUAAAGUUGCUUUUUGUUAUAGUUUUGUAUAUGCCUUAGAACCACGGGUAUGUUUUGUAAUGCACCACAGAUUUCUCUUUAAGAGUAUACGUACAGAUCAGAUUGAUUUAUUAUGUUUUUAUCCAUUCGAAUUCAUCUUGUGCUGCAUUUUAUUG